AUGACCUACCUCUUCUACUCAACCCUCACCCUCCUAACCUUCAUCCUCACCACCCUCGCCUACCUCUUCCGCGCAACCUGGCUCCCCCACCUCUCCCAAUCCCGCACAGCCUCGUACCUCUACUCCCGCCUCCCGGGGAACUCGUCCUUUGAAGCCGACAUGGAAGCCGGUCUCUCGUCGUCGAAUUUCGAUUUAAACACCAACCUGGCAGCGGGCGAUUCCAGGUCGGGGCUGGAUGAGGGCGCGAAGAGGGAGAUCUUGCAGAUCAUGAAGAAGAGGAGAUUGAAGUUUGACGAGGCGAGAAGGGUGUACAUGGAGCAGAGGUUUGCGGCGAAUGGGAUUGGGGCGGAUGGGAGGCCGAGGGAUCCAAAGUUUGUUAGUUUCUCGUGA